CAUCAGUCCCCAUCCCACUCACAGUCACAGAUUGCCACUUCCUCUUCUUCCAUCUUACAAAAAACCCCCCAAUAAAUUCCAUUGCCAGGUUAAAAUUGAAAGUGAAAAAGGAAAAAAAUUCACUCAGAAAAUGAAGAAUAUUCCUCUGUUUCUAAUAGGUUGUGGAGGAGUUGGUCGUCAACUUCUCCAACACAUUGUUUCAUGUCGAUCCCUUCACUCUACACAGGGACUGUGCUUGAGAGUUGUAGGAGUUGGUGAUAGUAAAUCAUUGGUGGCUGUGGAUGAUUUGUUGCAUAAGGGGUUGGAUGAUAGCUUCUUGUUGGAACUUUGUCGAGUCAAGGGUGCUGGCGAAUCUCUAUCGAAACUUCGUGAUUUUGGGGCAUGCCAGACAUUUGUGCAUCCAGAGUCCCAAGGGAGGAUUCUAGAGAUUGCAUCUCAACUUGGUAGAAAAACUGGUUUGGUGUUUGUAGAUUGCUCUGCUAGCUCUGACACUGUUUCUGUGCUAAAACAAGCAAUUGAUAUGGGUUGUUGUGCUGUUAUGGCUAAUAAGAAGCCUCUUACAUCUACAAUGGAGGAUUUUAAAAAACUUUUCAUGUAUCCACGUCGUAUCCGGCAUGAAUCAACUGUAGGUGCUGGUCUUCCUGUGAUAGCAUCCCUGAAUCGUAUAACCUCUUCUGGUGAUCCUGUUCGUCAAAUUAUUGGGAGUUUGAGUGGGACAUUGGGGUAUGUAAUGAGUGAGGUUGAAGAUGGAAAGCCACUGAGCCAAGUUGUUAGAGAUGCUAAAAGUCUGGGGUAUACUGAACCAGAUCCACGUGACGACCUUGGUGGAAUGGAUGUUGCUAGAAAGGCUUUAAUUCUUGCUCGAAUACUUGGCCAUCAAAUUAAUCUGGAUAGUAUUCAGAUUGAGAGCUUGUAUCCGAAAGAAAUGGGGCCUGAUGUAAUGACUGUUGAAGAUUUCAUGGACCGUGGAGUCUUGUUGCUAGAUAAAGAUAUUCAAGAUAGAGUUGAGAAGGCAGCCUCAAAUGGAAAUGUGCUGCGCUAUGUCUGUGUGAUUGAGGGCUCAAGGUGUGAAGUUGGUAUUCAGGAGCUUCCAAAGAAUUCUCCCUUGGGAAGACUAAGAGGAAGUGAUAAUGUGUUGGAAAUAUACACUCGAUGCUAUAGUAACCAACCACUGGUUAUUCAAGGUGCUGGUGCUGGAAAUGACACUACUGCUGCCGGUGUCCUUGCUGAUAUUGUGGAUAUUCAAGACUUGUUUCCUUGAAGGCAAAAGUUUGUGCCUUGAUUUUAAGAAAGUACAAGGUAGGAAGUACAGUUGAUACAGAUCUUGCCCUGGAAUGUAGCUGAUGUGCGAUUUCAAUUUGCAAGCUGGGUGUGAUCAACAAACUAUACAAAACUUGAGGGAGUCUUGAAAACUUGUUAGGACUUAGGACUUGAUUUCCGUUUCAUUUUUGUUUGUUUUAAAAUUGUAUUUUACUUAGCAAUCAAUUUAUCAUCUUAAGUCUAUUAAAUUUUAAAAUCUGCUUUCAAAAUAAGUGUUUUAAGAACUAAACCAAAACAACUGUUUUUCUCUUCACUUCUCAAUGACAGUAGAGUAGAUGGAGGGGGAAAAAAUGGCAUGGGAUAGCUUUCUGGACGAAAUUCAACUCAGAACACAUGCUCUCUAUUAGGUGUGUAGUAUUAUUUGUGACGGAUGUCCUUGAACUCUAAGAAUGUAUUUGAUAAUCAGUUGAGUUGAAUUCAAUAAAGUUGAGAAAAAAGUUA